UUCAGAAGAAACUACAAGGCUUGCUUAAACUGUCGAACUCGUAAGGUUCGUUGUGACUUGGGACCUGUUGAAGCACCUCAUGAUCCUCCUUGUGCUAGGUGUCGUCGUGAAAGAAAAGAGUGUGUAUUUGCUGACUCCAGAAGGGGUGGCUCUCACGGUGGUGGUGCUUCAAGUGCUGGUAAUAGUAUUGGCAGUAGUGUUAAUAAGAAGAGAAAGACAGAAUCAACACCAACUCCAGAAGUUAGAAGCAUUCCUCAUACUAGACAGAACUCCACUGAAGUACAAGUUACUACUUUACAGGGAGCUCUUGUCUUCUUAGCAAGGGCCGCUGGAACAAUAGCAAAAGCUGACGAUCGUGAUAAUAUCAGUGCUAGAGAAAUUCACGAGAAACUAGAGGAUCAAGAGGAUGGCAUUUCUUCAACUUCCAACUUAUCUACCCGUGAAAAUUCAAACACAAAUAUCUUGAAUCAAACCCAAGGCUCGAAUGAUUAUGAAAAUUUUGCUCCAUUGGUUCGUCCUCAAGGUAAAGGGCCAAUAAUGAUGCCACCAGUUUCGAAAUCAGCAAAUGUUCAUCCAAACCCAUCAAAAAAGCUAUCAGACAUCGAAUAUAUUGGACCAAACAAAAUGCUGACAGAGGAAGAAGCUGAAAAUUUAAUCAAUUUAUUCUUUUUAACAAUGCACCCCUUUUUCCCACAUAUUCCAACACAACUUCAUGAUCCUCAAACGUUAGCUCAAUAUCCUAUUCUGUUAUGUGCAAUUUUGACAAUCUCUUCAAGAUAUCAUCCAUUCGAAAAUCAACCGUCACAUGAUAUAAAUAAAAAUUCAAGAAAUAUUCAACUUCAUGAACGGCUAUGGAUUUAUUGUCAACGGUUAAUUUCUCAAACUGUUUGGGCUGAAGCUUCGACAAGAUCUAUAGGUACAGUUUUGGCCUUUUUACUAUUCACGGAAUGGAAUCCAAGAGCAAUUCAUUGGAGAUGGUCUGAUUAUGCCAAUAAUAAAGAUGAUAUGGGACCUGAAGGGCCUCCAGGACUAGGUGGGAAUUCUGACGAAGAAGACAGUCUUGCUGGACUAGGUGCUAUGAGAAGAAGUGAUCGUAUGGCUUGGAUGCUUGUGGGUACAAGUGUUAGAUUAGCCCAAGAUAUGGGUUUCAUAAAUAGUUCAUCUAAAAUAUUUAUCGCAACUCAUAUUGCAGAAACUCAAACUGCAAUGAAUCUUGGUCAAAGAAGUAUGCUAUCACAGAGUCUUGGUGAAAUUGAUUUAGAUAAUGAUGAAGAUGAUGAUGAAGUUGUUGAUAGCAAGAAACAAUAUCAGCAUGAUGAAUUUAUUUUGAGUCUGGAUGAAGAAUGUUUAAGAAACCGUCAUUUCAAAAAAAAUAAUUUGAAAUUUUCCAUUAUGCAAAAGGCAAAAUUAGAAUUAUUGAAAAUCACAUCAUUAGCUUAUGAAACUAUUUAUUGUGGGAAAUAUCAAGUUGACGGAUAUAACCAAUUUCAAAACCUAUCUGUUCUUUCAAUUUUAUCACCUUUAAUUGAAAAUUGGUACAAGACUUACAAAAAAUUGUUAAAACCUUCAAACCCUAAAAACUUCAAUCAUCAUUGUAAUUUGAAAAAUGCAACAAAUACUAAACAUGUCAAUGAAAUAACAAAACAAGUUGAUAAAGAAUCAUUAAUUUGUGAUUAUUAUUAUUGUCAACUAUAUAUUUAUUCUUUAGCUCUAUCAGCGGAGAAUCCAUUAAACACAAAUCCAUCAGAUGUCAAGAAACCUUUAAACAAUUUGAAAUUGGAUGAGAUUUCCAAAGCGGCUAAAUACGUGGAGUUAGCUUAUAAUGCUGCGAAAGAAAUAUUAGUUGCAGCUAUAAGGGUUCACAAGUUGAAGAUGUUGAAAUAUAUGCCAGUUCGGUGGGUUACCAGAAUUGUUAGAUCAGUUGCCUUUAUUGUUAAAUGUUUUUUAACUUUAACAAAUGGAGCUCAACAACAAUUAUCAUCACCAUUACAACAAGCUUCACAAGCGUCAACGAUCUUGACAUUAUCAAUUAUUCCAACUGAAGAAAUCAUUCAAACCAUUCAAAAAGCAGCUAUUGUACUAAGAGAAGCAUCACCUGAUGAGUUGCAUUUAUGUACUCGUUAUUCUACAAUUUUGAUGUAUUUAUGUUCAGAAAUGAAGUAUAGAUCAAAAUUAUCAAUUAAUCCACCA